AGCAAACUUACUAAUCAAAUAUUAUUAAUCAAAGCAAGCGAACAAAACUAUAUGAACAUUUUUAAUUCUAGAUGUGAACGGCAACGAUUUUUAUAAAUGUAGCUUCCCCCUUUUUUUUUUCCCCUUCCAUUUCCACAGGGAAUGAUGACACCUGCUGUGUGUACAGUAACCAACCCCCCCUAAUUGAUACCGUUGCUCUGUUUUCAGCAGAGGAGGCCACAGUCUAUCAGAAACACUUUGAGCCAGGUUACAUUUUAAUUGGCUGGGAUCCCCACGGGGGAGCGCGUGGAAGUUCAGGUUCCUUACAGAGAGCUUCACAUGACCGCAGACUGUCAAAGCGCUUACCUCGCUUGUCUAUCGCCUCCAUCUGUUUUCAUUGUGUGGAACAGGAUAAUUGCUCCAAAUUUGUCCGUGUUUCUUUUUCUUUUAUUUCCACCAGAGAUGCAAAACCUCACGGUGAGUAGUUUUUUUUUUUUUUUUGCACUAAAAGACACUGGCUUAGUUGUUUGUGAUAUCAACAUACAUCACGAACGAACGAGUGAAAGUAGUAUUAAUGUGCCUGUGCUGUCUGUCAGCCAGAUCAAUGGCGCGAGAUCAUGAACAAAAAAAUGCAGUUCCCCUCAGAGCUCAUCGGCGCCAUCCAGGAAGGGAAAAUGGAGCUGGUUUGCAGCCUGCUCAAGACGGGCGACGGCAUCACCCGCCAGCUGGACGACUCUGAAGAUCGCCUUUGGAGGGAGGCCCUCAACCUGUCCAUCCGCCUGGGGAGCGACUGCAUCAUGGACGCCCUCCUCCAGGGGGUCAAAUUCGACUUCCGUCAGAUUCACGAGGCCCUUCUCGUUGCCGUGGACACCAACCAGCCGAGAGUGGUCAAGCUCCUGCUGGACCGCCUGGAUCAGGAAAAAGGCAACAAGAUGGACGUGCGCUCCUUCUCUCAAGCCAUCUUUGACCACUCCAUUGACAACUCGCAGUUUGCCCCCGGUGUGACCCCGCUGACCUUGGCGUGCCAGAAAGAUCUUUACGACAUCGUCACCAUGCUGACCCGCAAGGGUCACGUCAUUCCGUGGCCGCACAAGAUCUCCUGCGCCUGCUUGGAGUGCCGCAACGGGCGUCAGUACGACCUGCUCAAGUUCUCCUUGUCCCGCAUCAACACCUACCGCGGCAUCGCCAGCCGCGCUUACCUCUCCAUCACAUCCGACGAUGCCAUGCUCAGCGCUUUCAGCCUCAGCAGAGAACUCCGUAAACUUUCUCGGAAUGAACCAGAGUUCAAGCCUCAGUACCUGAGCCUGGAGGAGCUUUGUCAAGAAUUUGCCGUGGAGUUGUUGGGUAUGUGUCGCAACCAGAGCGAGGUGACCACCAUUCUCAACAGCUGCGGAGACGAGAGCCAGGAGGCUUUGGACGAGCAGGCCUUCGAGGAAGGCAUACCGAACCUGUCAAGGCUACGCCUGGCUGUCAACUACAACCAGAAGCAGUUUGUCGCCCACCCCAUCUGCCAACAAGUUCUAUCCUCAAUCUGGUGCGGCAACCUGGCAGGUUGGAGAGGUAGCAGGACUGCGUGGAAGCUCUUUGUCUCCGUCGGGAUCUUUUUCACAAUGCCCUUCCUCUGCCUCGCCUACUGGAUCGCACCAAAGUCGAAAGUGGGAAAGAUCCUAAAGACUCCCGUCAUCAAGUUCCUUCUUCAUUCCGCUUCCUAUCUGUGGUUCCUCAUCACAUUACUCGGGGAAUCCAUCACCAUGGAAAUGUACCGGGAUACGUUUGCGGCGAGGCAGCAGAACAUCUUGCACAGCUCCUUCCACAUGGUUUGGGUGGUCGGUUUCUUCUGGUAUGAGUGCAAGGAAGUGUGGAUCGAAGGUCUGAGGAGUUACUUCCUGGAUUGGUGGAACUGCUUGGACAUGGUGGUGCUCAGCAUGUACUUGGCCUCCUUCGCCUUACGUGUACUCAUCAUGCUCAAGGGUCAUUUGUGUCUCGACACAAACAACUCGGAGGAGGAGUGCUUCUACUUCACCCAGACGGUGCGCGACGACUGGCGUCAGGAGGACCCUCAGUUGAUUGCGGAGGUUCUGUUCGCCGUGACGAGUAUGAUGAGCUUCACAAGGCUCGCUUACAUUCUCCCGGCGCACGAGUCACUAGGAACGCUCCAGAUCUCCAUCGGCAAGAUGAUUGACGACAUGAUGAGAUUCAUGUUCAUCCUUAUGAUCAUCGGAACGGCCUUCCUAUGCGGGAUCAAUAAUGUCUACGUCCCUUAUGUCAUCUCGCCGCGUCUUGGCAGGUUUAACGAGACGUUUCACUUUCUUUUCUGGACCAUGUUCGGUGUGGCCAACCAGGAAUACGUGGACAUGCCGCAGUUUGUCUUGGCCGAAUUUGUCGGACGGAUUCUGUACGGAAUCUUCACGCUUGUCAUAGUCAUUGUCUUACUCAACAUGCUUAUUGCUAUGAUCACCAACUCCUUUCAGAAAAUUGAGGACGAUGCAGAUGUGGAGUGGAAGUUUGCCAGAUCCAAGCUAUAUCUCAGUUACUUCCGAGAGGGCCUCACCAUGCCCGUCCCAUUCAACAUCAUCCCUUCCCCAAAAGCUUUGUUUUACAUAUUAAGGGGCAUCUUUAGGCGCAUCUGCUGCUGCAUGAACUGUAAUUCUGCCAAAUAUCCACCAAUAGCUUCUUUGUUUGACAAAAAGAGCUCCGAGGACAACCAGGUUCCGUACCGUCAGCAGGUGAUCAGAGCUCUGGUGCAACGAUACAUCGAAUCGGCUCGGAGGGAGUUUGAGGAGACCAAGAGGAAAGGUGAGACACGGAUGUCGCUGUGGGGCCGUCGUCAUGGCAACAAAAGUCACACAAUUCAAUUGACGCGUUUUUUCCGAUCAGAUAUCGGUAAUCGCAUCACCGAGCUGAGCAAAGGCGUCUUGAGGAUGCACAAUGACUUGAAAAUGGUCCAUCACCACUUGGUCGAUGAAAGUCACCGUACGGCCGACGAGCUGUCGAAAGACGGCUCGUCAUUCCUCGGCAAAUACAUCUUGGGCGCCAAAAAUAAUUUCAGAGGCUUUAACAGCCAGCUGGAUCAGAAAAGCACGUCACGUGAUGUAACGGUGCAUCACGGAGAGGAGGAGGAGACAAUAAAAAGCCAAAUAGAUGAAAAGGAGCGUUGCGAGGGCGAAGAGAUGAGCUCCAGGCUUUCGUCACACGGGGAUUUGGUCAAGAUGGAGGAAGGGCGAGGUCAGACAGAAAAAGAGCAGAUAGACGCUAACAAAAGUGACAACGCAAAUGAGAUCGCUCCAGCUAAACAUUUCAAUAUAGAAGAAGAAAAGAAGAUACUUUCUGAAAGCCCCAAAAAAAGAAUCAGUGAAGACAAAGAAAAUAUGCGCAAUACAUUUGAAGAGAUAGAAUUACAAGAAAACAAAGUGGAGGCCGGGUGGAUGAACGGGCGACAGCGUGAGCCAGAUAUUUGCGGACGAUGUGAUGAUGAGGGUGAAAAUUUAGAGAGCCAGACAAAAAUAGCUUCACCAUCAGGCAGCAGCAGUUCUCGGGACACGGGAUUUGGUUCUGAAGAAGGCGAGGCAUCCAUUGAUGACACAGACAGCAAGACGCCAGCUGAGUAA